AUGGCAAUGAAUGUUAUUUGGACGAAGGAUAAAUUACACAAGAUAUUCAGUGCUGAAUCUAUAUCGGCGAACGUCGAAGCGUCGCGUGGCUGUCGGCCAACUCUGGCGCGUUGUCGCCUCUGCGACGGUGACGAGCUUUUGCGAGCUUUCGGCGACAGUUGCUCGUGGGACGGCAACUUGACUUACGCUCAGCUGUUGCGCGACUGUUUUGAUGUUGAGGUGAAAUCAUUGAAUUGGCUGCUAUGUGAGAGUUGUGUUAUAAGGUUGAGAAACGCGGAUCGUAUGAAGGCUCUGGUGCAGGCUGCUUUGGACAAUACCUUGACUGAAGCCACAUCGAAUCCGUCAACGAGAACGUUGAAAAAACAAAAUGCAACGAACGGGCAGCCAACAAAACGGACAAACGUCAACAUCGGGAAAAAAGAACCGCGAAAACAACGCCAGUGCUGCCAACGUUACAAGCGCAAGCAUUUGAUCUGUUCGGUUUGCGGGCAAAAGUAUUUUAUGAUCGUGAACAUGGACGAUGAAAAAGUGUUUACCUGCUCUCGCUGCAAGAAGGAGGGGGACAGGAGCAGUUUGUGCAAGCGCUGCGACAUUCUGGUCCCUUCGAAGAUGAUGAAGGCGCAUUUGGAGUUGCACGUUGAAGCCGAUUUACGAGGGAAAAGCCGAUUACGUAUACAGCCAAAAAAGGCUGCUCAAAUUCGAGCCGCCAACCCAAAAGCCCGCGCCCUCGACAAAUACGAAUGCCUGCAGUGCCUCAAACGACACAAGGACGUCCGUGAGUAUUUGAAUCACAUGAGGAUCGCUCAUAAAGUCUAUACGAUCUGCAAGGUAUGCGGGAGGGAUAUGAAGACGAAAUUCUUCUUGGACAAGCAUCUAUCGGCGCACCAAGGGAACGCAAGCCGACACUAGCAAGCGGCCUAUGGAGGGUAGAGGUAAGGAGAACCGUCUCUGUGUGUGAAAAAGUGUCCGUUAAAAUCUGCUAAAUACGGGUGGCGCUACAGUA